AUCCUACGGAAUCCAACGGACUUGUGAGGGCGCAGACACGCCAUAUAGUGUAAGCAGAACUUUCUCUGCGUUCAUUGUGGGCUGUGGAUUCACCCCACGUACGAGCCAGUAGGGGCGACGCGCGUGACCUGUUCAACCACUGAAUAUCGGAGCGCACAACUCACCUGACUCCGGCGCACGUAGCAAGUUAGUGCUGCGCACGUUGUGAUUGCGUGUUCCGUGCUUAUCCCGCAUUUCCCCAGUUCACCUGUUCAGUGCCCGCUCAGAAUACACCUGCACUUUGACGACUGAGCUCCGUUCUUACAACGCUCAUGACUUCUACAGUAUACAAAGCCGAGUCGACGGACGAUCGCGACUACCUACUCGUCUCCAAGAUGCGUAGGAAGGCGCAGUUUCAGAAGAAGCUAUCAGCUACGGAUCUCUCUCUCUCGAAUAGAGAGGACCAAAAGAAACGGAUCGCUGAAGAUGACAGGUUUAGUGAAGAUGAUGAGGAGAGGAUGUGGUUAGAAGAAUCAGAUGAUGACGACAGAGAGCUUGACCACGGGGAGGGUGCUACUGGAGGAUCGGAGAGGGGGUCACAUGAAGAAGGGGGUGUGAAAAAGUGGAAGGCCAAAUGCUCGUUCUCGGCGGAUAAGGAAGAGCGCCUUGCUGAGUUCUUCUCGGCCAACCCGAUCUUCUACGACAAGUCACACCCAAAGUACCGGAACCAGCAACUUAAGGAUAAUCUCAUGGACCAGCUGGCCGAAGACCUCCAAACAACCAGUAGACAGAUCCAUGGCUGGUUCAAACACAUGCGGACUGCAGUGGGAAAACUUCUUAAGACCACGUCAAGACAGGCUCCACAAUAUCUCACAGCAAGGAAGAAAUGGCAACUCCAGAAGCUCGCCUUCCUGAAGCCCCACAUUGUCCCACGCACCUAUAGUGUAGAGACCACGCAGCUGGAGGAGCAAAGUGGGGAGGGGGGAGCACUGCACUGCAACUCCAACUCCGCCAUCAACUUGGUCAAGAACAAGCCUCCGCCCAGGAAGAAGUUGAGAGGGGACGACCUUAAAGUCUGUACAAAGUUCUUGGAGAGGCCCAGGCCGAAGGAGGUCCCGAGUAAACCGCCAGACGAGCGCACGGCGUUUGCCCAGUGGAUCGCGGCCAGGGUGCCAGGGAUCCCCCAGGAUAGGUGGGAUGACUUCCAGUUGGAUGUGAUGCGCCUGAUACAGGACUACAGCAGGCCCCGAGCCAACCCGAACACAUCGUCCAUUGCACUGCCCAGCCAAAAAUGAGAAUGGUAGGCGUGGCGUGCAGACAACGUAUUUUCUUUUACACCUUGCGCAACCGUGCGAAUGACGUGCGUUGACGUCG